GCCCCGGCUCCGGCGGAGGCAGCGGCGGCGGUGCGCGCGCGCAGCCCUUGCACCUGGCGCCGUCCUCGGGGCUCCGCGUCGCCAGGACAACCGGCCUCGCCGCCGCGCCUCUGCCAUGGUUUUCUCAAAUAACGAUGAAGCCCUUAUUAACAAAAAAUUGCCCAAAGAACUUCUGUUAAGAAUAUUUUCUUUCUUGGACAUAGUUACUUUGUGUCGAUGUGCACAAGUUUCCAAGGCAUGGAAUGUUUUAGCUCUGGAUGGAAGCAAUUGGCAAAGAAUAGACCUUUUUAACUUUCAGACGGAUAUAGAGGGUCGUGUUGUGGAAAAUAUAUCGAAAAGGUGCGGUGGGUUCCUGAGACAACUUAGUCUGAGAGGAUGUCAUGUUGUUGGAGACUCCUCUUUAAAGACCUUUGCACAGAACUGUAGAAACAUCGAACACUUAAAUUUGAACGGGUGCACAAAAAUCACUGACAGCACGUGUUACAGUCUUAGCAGAUUCUGUUCCAAGCUGAAACAUCUGGAUCUGACAUCUUGUGUAGCCAUCACAAACAGCUCUUUGAAAGGUUUAAGUGAGGGUUGCAGAAAUCUGGAACAUUUGAAUCUUUCCUGGUGUGAUCAGAUUACGAAGGAUGGUAUUGAAGCACUGGUGAAAGGGUGUAGUGGACUAAAAGCUCUAUUUCUUAGAGGUUGCACACAGUUAGAAGAUGAAGCAUUGAAACACAUUCAAAAUCACUGUCAUGAGCUUGCAAUCCUGAAUUUGCAGUCCUGCACACAAAUUUCAGAUGAAGGUAUUGUAAAAAUCUGUAGAGGAUGCCAUAGACUUCAGUCACUGUGUGUUUCGGGCUGUUGCAACCUUACAGAUGCUUCUCUCACAGCACUUGGUCUAAACUGCCCAAGGCUGAAGAUUUUGGAAGCUGCAAGAUGUUCACAGCUCACAGAUGCUGGUUUUACCCUUCUAGCACGGAAUUGCCAUGAGCUGGAGAAGAUGGACUUGGAAGAAUGUGUUUUGAUAACUGACAGCACCUUGAUACAACUUUCUAUACACUGUCCUAAACUACAAGCAUUGAGCUUAUCUCACUGUGAAUUGAUCACUGAUGAUGGGAUACUUCAUCUGAGCAACAGCACGUGUGGUCACGAGCGGCUGCAAGUACUGGAGCUUGAUAACUGCCUGCUCAUCACUGACGUGACCCUGGAACACCUGGAGAACUGCCACAACCUGGAGAGAAUUGAGCUGUAUGACUGCCAGCAAGUCACACGGGCUGGAAUCAAAAGAAUCCGAGUAGGCUCAUCGACCUCACGUGAAAGUGCAUGCUUACUUUGCUCCAGUUACUCCCCCUCCUUCGGUCGGAGGGAGCGGACAGCGCCUCUGCAGAUGCUGUAUUAUUCUUUGACACAAAGUGCAACCACACAGCGUUUUUUGUUUAGUUUUUUUGUUGUUGUUGAAGAAAAGAACUGGACUGCAAGUCAGUGGAAGGAGUUGGUUUCCUGACUGUUAUGAUGGUGGUGUUUGGUCAUCCAGUUUUGUGACGAGAAGAGCAUUUUUUUUUCCAGGUAAAAAGUCUUACUGUAAUGUUCAGAUGUGGAUUGAGUUGGUGAUGCUUUGGUUUGUGCUAGUGACUCCUUCCUUCUGUUGGCAUGAGAACUGAAGUGCUGUGUACGACGCGGGGGUGUUUCAGCAUUAUGGUAUUUGGUGAACGUUCACUGAUGUGGAAGUUAGUUUGUAUCUGUAAGCACUUCUGUAAGUUGUAUUCAGCAUGAGCUCUGAUGUAAGAUGGGGCUCAGGUCAGACCCGGGAUGAAACUGAACCUGCUGUUCUGUAAUAUACGUGACAGAUUAAAUAUCAGGUUUAAGGACAAAUCAGCUUUAGCAAAUGUUGACCAAAAAUGCAAGGUAGUCAUGUGCUCUUCCAGCAAAACAGCUUAUAUUUCUUCAUGAUCCAGCACUGCAUUUAAUGACAUUAACAGGACAUAAUAGGUAAUGUCAAAAGGUAAAGAUUGUACCUCAUGGUAACUAUAUAAAUACUUCUCAGUUUUUGAACUUGGUUCAGUUGAACUACAAGUUAGGAUAAAGCUUGCCCGUCACUGAAGCAGUUUUAUGCCCCAUGCCAUCAGCUGUUAAAAGGGGUUGAAAUCCACUGGAGUGGAACUUGUGCACUCUAUUGAAAUGGGCUGCCACAGCCAUCCACGGUGCUUACUGUAAUGCCAUUACUGUGUCCUCAGUCACCUCCUGGUUUGUAAUGGAAGGACGGAGCAGCUGUAGGAAGAGGGAUGCACUGCUUAUGCUUUUCUAAGGUGAGGAAUGGAAGCUAGGUUAAGUUGCAGGAACUGUGAUGGAGUGAGGACUUCAGUUCAAGCUGUUUGUCCUUGUGUUGUAGGGAUGCAGAUGGGCAAUAGAUCUGUGGGCAGGAAUUGAACCAAACCAGUGGUUUUCAAAAGCAGAAAGGCAAACUCUUCACAUUUGGGUUAUUAAAGAAGCUGUCAACUUCUGAAUAAUAAUUAAAAAAAAAAUCUGAGUUUCUGAAUAAUAAUUAAAAAAAAUAAAUAAUUAAGAAAAGUAUUAACUCUUGAGGUCAUGCUUUCAUCCUUAGUUUUCCAAUGCUAGAGGAUUAGAUAGAUGAACUUUUUUUUAUAUAAAGCAACCUAAUUAUCUGAGAUAGAUAAACUACUCAACAGCUCAGAAAGCUUUUCUGCCUAAGAUUGGUUGUGUGUGUUUAUGUUUUAAGAGUUUGGGGCCUGCGUGUUUACCAAAAUCUAACAGAAAUACUGGCUUCAUUAAAAAAGCCAUCCAAGAAGCUCCUACUGGAACUCAUAAACUUAGAGCUACUUUUUAAGACCUCAGUGACUACCAACAACGUUACUAUCCUGCUUUACCCAAUUCAGAGGUGACAGGGAUGGUAAAUGAAGAUUUCAACUUUAAGGAUAAAUACCAUGAUAGUGCAGUUUUCUUUUCUACUGCAGAAUAAGCCCAUCAAUCAGGGCUCAUUUUGCACACUAGUAGAGGAGUGUUGUUACAAUCAGAUUUCCAGUAAGGCACUGCUGUAAUGGAGAGUUUCAAGCAGAUUUUAUUCUCCACUGUACCAGGGAAGUCAUUGGUACCCCUAUGUCAAAAUGUGUUGCCUUUUAUUGGCUCUUUUUUUUUUUU